AUGGGCGAGGAGGACGCCACGCUGGCGUAUCAGCUGGAAGCGCUCUACCGCGCCUUCCGCUUCUACAACGGCUCCUUCGCCGAUGUGUUCGAGCAAUACAAGAACAGCUCACGUCGCGAGCUGCAGCAGAAGUUUAGGGAGAUGGGAUCGCUGCUGAUCCCGCUCCUGCAGUCUCUUCAGAAGAACAUCAUGCGCGCCUUCGAUCCUCUGCCCUACACCGAGCUGCCUGGCCGAGGAAACACGUAUCGCUACUUCCUGACGGCCUCGCAGCUGCUGAACGACAUCAAGGCCAACCCGCUCAACCUUGGCGGGGUCCUGUUCUGGGACAAGAGUGUCCUCUGCACACACCUGGAUGUCGACACAACUCGUUGGAUUCUCAAUCUGGUGGUGAUCAUGGCGAGUUCGAGGCGAAGGGACACAGGGAAGCGAGUCCAGCACAUCGACGAUGCCGAGCGUUCCUCGCACCACCCCUUCAUGUCCAAGGAGGCCCUCCACGGCCUGCGCAAGAACCGCGACACGGAGCCGGCCCGCAGCUCAGCUCCGCCCUCGUCGAGCAGCGCCCCGCCCGGCGGCGGCAGCGGAAACGCCUCACCGGGUCCCGGCGACAAGGGCGGCCAGCGCGCCUCGUCUUCCUCCAGCAUUCCGACCCAGCGCGCCGUUCGGCUCCCUGAGGUGAUGACGAAGGAGCACGAGGACGGCGAAUAUGUGGGUCUCUACAUCAUUUGCCUGCAGCACAUAUCGCUCGCUGUCGUGAUGAACCAGUCCGCCCUGUACGAUACGCGCCACACGAACUCCAUCAAACUGUGCUUUUCGGAGCUCCUCUCGAUGGAGCAGAACUUUGCCCGCGCCUGCAAGUCCAGCCCUCCGACCCGCCGGUUAGCCCACGCCGUUUGCGUCAAAAAGCCCGCCAGCCCCGUGGACAACGGGCCCAAGCAGUACAACUUCCUCACAUACGAGAAGCUCACAUGCAUGGCCAAGGGCACGGCGCCGACGGCCCAGAAGGAGGUGGACCGAAGCUUCCUGCAGAUGACGGCCAAGGCCCACAACAUGUUCAUGAAGGACCCCUCCGUGUCCCAGGUGUUGAUGCGGGACAACAACGGGGCGGUCUACUGCCGUCGCACGCUGGGCAAGGAGGUGUACUACCAGCAGUUCCAGCAGCAGAAGACCCACUACGAGUUCAUCCACCGCAUCGAGAAGACCGUGCGCACCAACCUGCAGGAGGAACACAACAUCACCGUACUCUGA